CCCUCAUGUUUCUUGUCCUCUUUCAACAGCUGGAGCUUGCCAUGCGCCGACCUUUCUUCCUAGAUGCCCUCCCCUUCCAGACCGUGCCAUGGACUCCAUGUUCGAGGAUGACAUCAGCAUCCUCACCCAAGAUGCCUUGGUCCAGGACGACGAAUGGCUGGACAGCCCCAACACUGACCUCUCCAGUGAGAUGUGCUCGGCCUCCCACUUCGCUCUCAUCACGGCCUACGAUGACAUCAAGAACCGGCUGACCGGGCUGGAGCGGGAAAACGCCUGCCUCAAGCGGAAGUUGAAGAUGUAUGAGAUCAAGUUCCCACUGAUCAGCGAGUUUGGAGAUGAGCGCAUCUUCUCGGUCUAUGACUCGAAGGAGACCUCCCUUCUGAAGAGUGAGAAGGCCAAUCUCCAGCAGCAGCUGAAUCAAUUCCAGCGGGAGCUGCAGAAAAGCAAGGAGAGAGAAGAGCAGCUGGCAGAGAUGAUCCAAGCCUAUGAGAAGCUGUGCGUGGAGAAAACUGACCUUGAGUCUGAGCUGGGACAGAUGAGAGCUCUGGUUGAGACACAUCUGAAUCGCAUCCAUAGCCUGGAGCAGCAGCUGAGGCAGAGAGACAGCAACGCAUUCCAGAGCAUGAGCUCUCCGCUGCAAACCCAGGAAGUGCAGUACCUCUCACUCCAUGGUGGCCACGUCUUGGAUCGCUCCAUGAACUGGCAGAACCCCAGAGGCUUAGAACAGCCAGAGGGCCUGGAGGUGCACAGACUGGAAGCAGAACUGGAAGAUACACGGCAGGAAGUGCAGAAUUCACAGCACCGGGAGGAGCAGUUGAAAGCGGAGUGCGAGAGGCUGCAGGCGGAAGUCAAGCAGUUGCAUGAGACUCGGGCUCAGGAUCUCGCAACGAGUCAGUCGGAGAGAGACAUGGCCUGGGUAAAGAAAGUUGGAGAUGACCAAGUGAACCUGGCGCUUGCCUAUACAGAACUCACGGAGGAACUGUGCCGCUUGAGGAACCUGAGUUCUCUGCAAAGCCAGAUUCUCCGGACGCUUAUGCAAGAGCAGGCUGUCAAUGGUGGGCAUCGCCACUCUCCCCAUUCCCAGCGCCAUUCUCCCGCUCAGCAGCGCUGCUCGCCAGCUCCCCAGUGCACCUCCCCAGCCCAACAAGGGAGACCAUCUGUCCCACAAUGCCAGUCGCCGGCCCUGCAAAGACGGUCUCCAGCACCGCCCUGCCAAUCCCCUGCCCAUCAACGUCGGUCCCCAGCUCCACCUCCUUGCCAGUCGCCUGCCUCGCAACGCCGGUCCCCGGCACCGCUGCCCAGCCAGUCUCCCGCCCAGCAACGCUGCUCACCAGCCCCGAGCUGCUCUUCCUCCGCCAUCACCUCACAGCACAGAUCUUCAGGCGGCGAGAGAAGCAUCCUGGACCUGGGCUAUGCCAAACCCUCCAGCCACCACAUCAAAGCAAGCUUCCAAGGGCGCCGGAGCUACUCGGAGGUGAGCGACGCGGCUAUGUACCAACAGAACCGCUCUCUCUGGCUGCAGCCGGAAGCUUCCACCUUACCAAAGCACCGCCCCUACGGCGACGUUUACGCCAGAGACGCCUUCGAAGAGCACUUGCGCUUCGAGAAGCAAUCCUCAGAUGAAGACGACUGGGCUCUCCCAAGUCCCCCCAGUCCCGAAGCCGGGGGAAUUCGCUGCGCCUCUUUCUGUGCAGGGUUCCCCAUCCCCGACGCUUCCACGCACCGGACCGAUGCCUCGUACGCCAGGGCUGAGCACGCUCAGUCCUGGCCCUCAAUCAAUUUGCUGAUGGAGACAGUGGACUCUGACAUCCGGAGCUGCCCUCUCUGCCAGGUGGCCUUCCCCAUUGGUUACCCGGACGAUGCUUUGAUAAAACACAUUGAUUCCCACCUGGAGAACAGCAAGAUCUGAGGCCUGCACCGUCAUCCCUUCUUUUUCUGGCUUCCUUAACAAGACCUGUCCACCUCAACCCACCCCACCUUUCUUGGAUGCUGCAUGAAAAGUGAUGGAGCGACAGGGGCUCUCUCUCAAAUACCUCCAAGUCUCCAGUAGACCGAGCCGCGAAGAGUUUUUGCCUCUCCCUCGUCCCUUUCUCUUUGCCUUGGUUUUAUCAAAGUGGGUUUCUUCUCCUUCCUGCUCUGUACAAGCAGGAUCUGCAAUAUGUCUCCAGUGCUUGAACCAGCUAUGGUGGCAGUGGGGUUGGAAAGGCGAAAUAGGAUACCUGGACCAGACAUAGUAGGCUCACAAUCAUGCCCCGGUCUGGAUGUUUAGAACUGAGACAGCCUUUUUGGAGGCUUUCUUGUCUAUAUGGUUCAGUUUUGAUGUCUCGGGGAGAUCUCAGGGUAGGAUGAGUGAGAAAUCACCUGCGGUUGUGUGUAUUGUUGUGGCAUGUGGGGUGGGGUUGGAAAGAACAGGUGGACGGGCAAAUUCCAACCUACUAAAGGGUACAGCCCCACCACUCAGGUGAAAGAAAUCGAAAGGUUUCGUUUUUGUGCCCAUCUCAAUGCAGGAAUGUCCAAGUGGGUCAAAUCUUUCCUGCCUUUUCAAGCUAUUAAGAAGGGCGUUCAGGCCCAAACCGUGUUGUUUAUUGGACAUGGAAACCCUUGGCCUCCAACUUGCUGGUUCGAGCGUCUUUGUCUUGGUCUUUUACAUUAAAAGCCCACUUCUUCUUUUAAUGAUGCUGCUGAGAAUUUAGAGCCAACUUCCAGAAGUGUAGCAUGGAUGUUCUUAUGUUAUUGCACUGGACAUUAUAACACACAAAAGCUUUUUCUUUUCUUUUCUU